GAGUUGACAAGUGCGCCUCCCCCUCCGAACGCUGUUUGACACAUACCCAUCGUUGUAGGCUUCGCCUCUGGCAGUUUCUUUUUUUAAAAAGGCAAGCUCAAAGCCACUGAUUACACAUUCUGCUCACACAAGCCUCUGUCUCGCUGCAGUUUGCGCGUAAACGGCACCGGGCACCAGUGCGGAGAGAGAGACGUAUACGCGCGCGGCGUUUGGAUGUUUGAUGGUGUUUUGUGAAUGUAGUGGAGCAGCAGCAGCAGCAGCAGCAGGAUCUCUGUGGAUUUCAAGCAUCGGAUGCUGUGAUUUAUUUUUUUAUUUAUUGAUUUCCUUUGGAGGGGGGAGACUUGUGCAAUAACGCACGCACCUGUGGAUGCACCAGCGUCAAACGCUCCCCUGAUGUUUGGACUCAAACCUUUUGGAAAGAAAUCAUCCACCACAACAUUUAGCUGAUAUACACUGCAGUUUUUUUUCUUCUUCUUCUUCUUUUGCUCAAACGCGGUGCUUCUUCUUCUUCUUCUUCUUUAAAAAAACAAAACAACAACAAAAAAAAACAAAUUCAGGAGAGAAGCGCGACAUGCUUCCGAGCGUUUCCAUCCUGGUGCUUCUUCCCCUGCUGAGCAUCGGCAUCGGCGGCUGCGGCGCGUCGUACGUGCCGUGCGAGCCGUGCGACCAGAAGGCCCUGUCCAUGUGUCCGCCGGUGCCGGUGGGCUGCCAGCUGGUCAAGGAGCCCGGCUGUGGCUGCUGCCUGACGUGCGCGCUCGAGGAGGGCCAGCCGUGCGGCGUGUACACCGGGCCGUGCACGCGCGGGCUCCGCUGCCUGCCCAAGAACGGCGAGGAGAAGCCGCUGCACGCGCUGCUGCACGGCCGCGGAGUGUGCAGGAACGAGAAGUUGUACAAACUGCUGCAUCCAAAAGACGACAGUCAGGACGGCGCCCUGCUCCCCGUCCCUGAGUCAGUGCUGCCCCAAACCAAGGUGCCCUUAUUUGGAAGGGACCACAUCAGCAGUCGCAAGGCCAAAGCCAUGAAGCAAGCCAAGGACCGGAAGAAGCAGCUGGCCCGACUGGGACCUGCCAGCAACCUGGACUUCUCCCCACUAAGCCUGGAUAAACUGGACCCUGAGUUCGGACCCUGCAGAAGGAGGUUGGAUAAUCUCAUUCAGAGCAUGAAAGACUCGUCUCGUGUCCUGGCGCUCUCUCUGUACAUUCCCAACUGUGACAAGAAGGGCUUUUUCAAGCGCAAACAGUGUAAGCCUUCUCGUGGCCGCAAGCGGGGAAUCUGCUGGUGCGUGGACCGGUUCGGCGUGAAAAUCCCUGGCAUCAACUACACUGGAGGAGACCUGCAGUGCAAAGACCUCGACAGCAGCAGCAACAGCAACGAAUGAGCCAGUCCAGCCCGUUGUGCUCGCCGAGCCCCGUUCUGCUAAAAAAGAAGAAACCUGCCAAUCAAGCUAUAGCACACUUUAUGACUGCCAGUCAGGAGAAUACAGCACAAAUGCUCUUCUAUGGUCAGGUGUAAUGGACUGGGUUACUGUGUUUUGUUUUGUUUUGUUUUUCUCCUGAGGGGAGCCAAACUGACAAGCUUAGAUAAAAGUCUGCACAUGUCCUGUAGAUCUUCAGUCUGUCUCCCCACUGACCGUGUACUAUGUUUGAGGUUAGCUAACACUUCUUCUCUUUAUAUCUAUAGAUAAUAGAGAAUAUUAUAUAUAUGUAUAUAUAUGUAUACAUAUAUAUAUAUAUAUAUAUAUAUAUGUAUUUGUAAUGAUAUAUGAUGUUGUGAGUCCGAGUCAGACUUGGCAAGAUCACGAGACAAAACAUUUUAAAUGUGGCUAAGAAUCUCUUUUUUGUUUGGUUUUAGUGAUAAAAAAACAACAAUUGGACAAUUUCAAGACACAUUUGAUGGGUGAGUUCUCAUUUAAAUGUAGUGAUUAUUAAUCGUGUGAAUGACGGGGUGAAUUUUUUAAUAUGUUCUGCCUUUGAAUCGUCCCACUGACUCACACUAUUCUGAUUUAC